GAAGCCGCAAAAAAGAGAGAGGGCGGCGGGGGAGAAAUAACCAGCUUGCCUGGCCUUACGUUUCUCCUCCUGUCUUGGAUCUCUGAUCGGAGCGUGCGAGCGAGCAGCCACUGCCAUCUUAUUUUAUUUUUAAUUAAAUCAUCGCCUUCGCCUCCAGCCGCCCUCCACCAAGACCUCGGAUCGAGGGUGGUGGUGGUGGAGAAACUCCGAGAGAACUAACGUAGUGCUAUUCUGUCUGGAGAAUGGGCCUCUGCGCGCCAGCUUGAACUCAAAGCAGCCCUCAAGUGGGAAUUGGGCCUCUAUCCAAGCGGAUUCCUUAAGGGGUUCCAUCCAGCCGGUGCUAAUUGAAGGUGGCUGCGUUUUCUUCUGUCUGGACAAACGAUGAAAGAAUCUCACUCUCUUGGUAACAAACUCCCCUCUGAGAAAAGCUGGAGAACGUGAUGGUGACGUGGGCCUGUGAAUCUUCUCGGUCAAGUCUUCUGUGUUCAAAACAGCCCAGCCGGAGACAAACUUGCUUCUGAGGCUUCCAAAAUUGUCGUAUUUCUGAAGGCCUCGCCCCGGACAACCUCCUUGGUGGAUUCACCCGGGGCCAAAAUCUGUCAGUCUUGGGUCGGCGUCUCCGAUGUCCCGCCAUUUUGUUGUGGGUUACCAGCCGGUGGUGCUGGAAGAUGGAUCCAUAGCUUCCUGACAACGAGACUGGAAGGCGGAUCGCGCCUCAUCUUUCCUUUCUCCUGGCGUGGGAUUUAUACAUUUCUUCGAUUUCUUCUUCUUUUUCCCUUCUACCUCAACAAGCUGAUUUGAAAAAGUUUAAACAUUUUCCAAAAACAGUUCUCAAAAAUGACAAGUCUGUUCCGACGGAGCAGCAGCAAUGGCAGCUCAAGGAACGGUUCCUCCGCCCAGGAACUUAACAAUAGCCGCCCCGCCAGGCAGGUCCGGCGGCUGGAGUUUAACCAGGCCAUGGAGGAUUUCAAGACUAUGUUCCCCAACAUGGAUUACGACAUCAUUGAAUGUGUUUUGAGGGCGAACAAUGGUGCGGUGGAUGCUACCAUUGACCAGCUGUUACAGAUGAACCUAGAUGGCAGUGGGUAUGACGACAGUUCGGAUUCGGAUGACAGCAUUCCUCCUGAGAUCUUGGAACGGACUCUGGAACCGGACAGUUCAGAUGAAGAGCCGCCUCCAGUUUACUCUCCUCCCUCCUACGACAUGCACGUGUUUGACAGGCAGUACCCGCAGGCUCCCCCGACGCCACCCCCCAGAAUUGAUAUCCAAAAUUCAAGUGGGCCACAGACACAAAGGCGGUACAGGAAUUGGAAUCCACCAUUACUAGGCAACCUUCCUGAUGACUUCCUUCGCAUCUUACCCCAGCAAAUGGACAAGUUACAGAGUUCGCAAAGCUGCCAUCAAACAACACCCAGCCCGGGAAGCCAGAGAGCCCAGGGCUGCUUGGACCAGGAGAGGAAGUGGAAGCAGUACCUGGAAGAUGAACGGAUUGCGCUCUUCCUGCAGAACGAGGAGUUCAUGAAGGAGCUGCAGAGGAACCGGGAUUUCCUCCUGGCCCUCGAGAGAGAUCGAUUGAGGUACGAAUCGAAGAAAUCCAAAACGACGAGCGUUGCCCUCAGUAGCGAUGUCAGUUUUUCCUCCGUAAUAUCAGACGAUGUCGCCCGGUCCUUAAACAGCGUGUCCAGUGGUGCCGCCGCCGAAGAUGCCUUAUUCAGGGACAAAUUAAAACACAUGGGAAAAUCUACACGCAAGAAGCUCUUUGAACUCGCCAGGGCUUUCUCAGAGAAGACCAAAAUGCGGAAGUCAAAAAGAAAACAGCUGUUGAAGCAUCAGGUGAUGGGGACCGCGGCCUCGACAGCUAACCUUCUCGAUGACGUUGAAGGACAGUCGUGCGAUGAAGACACCCAAGCAAGAAGACGACAGUUACCCGUGGAAGAAGAAACAUCCAAAGAAGUGCAGUAAGAUCCUGAACUGGCAGUUUUUACAAAAAAUAAAAGGCAAAUCAGGUGAGAAGAUGGCUGGCAUGGAAGAUGGUUUUUGGGCUGAUGCUUCAUACCUGCCCGAGUCCUUGAAUGGUUCCCAAAGUACAACCGUUAUAUAACGUCAAUGCACACAAUGCUUUCUUACCAAUGGGUUUGAAAACAAUUCUGUUUUCUUCUUCUUCUUCUCCAGUCUGAAGAAUCCAGCAAAAAAAAAAG